CUUCAAUCAGAGUCCAGCGUGUUCAUUUGGACAGGAAUUCUUGUUGUGAUCAGAACCAGGUGUGUGGAGCCACUAAUAAGUGAAGCAGUUGUUGUUGAAAAUCAGUUGGAGCAUUUUUGUGUAAUUGCUCUAUUGUUUUGCAAUGUAUUCGAUUAAUUUUAUCGGAAAAUGUGAUUAUGUUGUAUAAUGAGCUAGUCGAGUUUCAACUAUAGCAGUGCAAGAAGAAAACUAAUACGAUGUCAUGGUACCUUGUGCUUUUCUCCAUCUUCCUAACCAUCCAGCAGGUGUUGACAAUGGACUGUUCAAGAAGUGAAUGUUUGAAACUGGCAGAUCCCCUUGUUCGCGAGCCAAGAUUUAUUUUUCCCGAUAACAGGGAAGAUAUACAGAGGGGGUGUCGUACUUGGGAUGAAUUUGUGAACUGUUUGAAGCAUUACACCGAGGAAUGUUUCAAUGAGGAGGACAGGAGAAGGUUUAACAACGCUGUGGAAAGUCCAAUAGAGAACAUCCAUGAGUUGUGCAUGAAUGUGAAAUAUCAAAACGAAUAUCUGAAAUUUGCACCUUGCAUAAAAAGUACUAUAACCGAGAGGGACCAUUGUGGUUUGCAGUAUCAAAUGUUGGUUGACCAAGUGUAUCAAAGAGACAAUUCCCUUCCAAAAUCUACAUUAUGUUGUUUACACGACAAAUUUAAACAGUGUGUACAAAGAGAAACGAGAAGACUGUGCGACAGAGAUGGACAAAACGGUCAAGCUACAAGGUUUUCGAUGCAGAUUUUAGACAAAGCCCUUAGAUUCAUCGAAGAUCAAUGUGUUAAUUACAUACCAAACUCAGGAGACUGUAAUUCUUUCCAAGACUCCCUACCAUCUACAGAUGUUCUCUCUAUUUCAACAGUAUCUAGUGAAGUAUAUCCUUGGAGUACAAUACAAGAAACAAACUUCAUUAAAGAGGCCAGAAACCCCCCAAAUAGGGGAACUACUUCGAAUAUCUCGCCUCCUUACUCUUGGCAACCAUCUCCAAGUACACCUUCCGAAGAAAUGGUACCUCCUAGCUCUCCUACAUCAAUGACUGAUGUUCUUGGUUCUAGGACAAGGCCAGCAUCCUACGGAAGAGCCAGCAGUUGGAGCGAUAUGCAAGGACCAUCAGCUUCAGUACCAGUGACGCAAAACAGUUACCCCAUAUACUCGGAGAAAGUAUCAACAACAGAAUCACCGAAACCAUAUUGGAUGGCUACCACAUCUUCAUGGAAUGUCAUGAAAAAAGACAUCCCAAACUUAGGUUCAGCCAAUAACAACAGAGAACAAGCUCGUAAUCCAACACCAAAGGAAGCUUCUGCAAGUUACCAUACUACUACUACUGUAGAAACAACCCAUUGGUACCCUGCUGCUGGCAGCCACCUAUCAAAUGAGAUUGAAGAACCUAACCAGCAGGGGUUAACAGUGCAGAAGGACCAGGCCAGUCUGUUGGCCAGUUCCAUACACACGUUGUUUUUAGCGAUACUGUUCAAAUUGCUGGUAUGAUUUCACUGGACGUCUUCUUCCUUAAAGUUCUGAGAUAUUUUCAACGCGAUUCUGUUCAGAAUUUGUCUUCCGAAUUUUUUUUUUCAAUCCUAUCUUGUGUUGUAUAGGUUUAGUUUUAAGUUUAUCAUGCACUAGUCAGUUAGUUUUAAGAUGUGUAUUAUAUUAGGAAAAGAAUGGAAGAUCCUUCCAAUCCAGAUGAUAUAAGUUUUAAUUUACAUGGAUGUAUCUAUAUCUGUUUAGUUGAUAUACAACAAGAAAU